UUUAAUGGAAUUGACAAAUGAAAAGUUUUCAUAACAUUAUUUAUUAACAGUUGGUUAAAAAAGAUACUUCUAACUUGAACUAAUUAAACUACUUACUAUUAACAGGAAUAAAAACAAAUUAUAUAUCACUAAAUUAUUUAAAGAAAUACUUUAUCUACAUGGCCUCUUUAUCUACAAUUUUUGCAUGAGCAAUUGUCACCUUUCCACUCUUUUGAUUGAUCUCUUAAAACUAACACUGGUUGCCAGGCUUUUUAUCGAUUACAUUUUUCUGUUCACAUCCAUAUUUAAUAACAUCAUUUUGUUCACACCCAAAUUUAAGCCACAUGGACACUUCUGCAUCCAUCUUAAUAAACCGUAAACAUUGUUGUUUUAGGUAAGAAGUUUUUAAGAAAUUGACUAGCUUUUGUAUGUCCUUUAGUAAUGAAAACAGUACUAAAGAAUUAAAGUCUCACCCUCUAGGCCGUCUGCAUGGUAACAAGCAACCCAUAAUGUUCACAACACAGCAGGGACGUCAUGGCUUGUAGGCAGGGAGGGGUUGGAUUUUCUGAAAAAAUCAUUGUUUUGUUGGAAAAUUCCCAGACUUGAGCAGUGGGUAAUUCUCAAACUUUUAGCAACAUAAAUUAAGAUAAACAUAAAUUUUAGAAAAUACUUAUCUUAAUUUGGAGGGGCAAUUCACUUUUUGAAGAAAAUACUAUAUUUCCACAAUUCAAAAUGUUUUUUCAGGAUUUACAGAUUUCAACCAUAGAAUGAUUUGCUGCUCAGAUUUUGUCAGAGAUAAAAUCCGAAUCUUCAAGGGCCAAAUUUGGUUAUAGGAAUUGGUCAAUAUUUGUCAUAAAUUAUAUCUUUAUUUGAUAUUGAAGACCAGAACAGUGCCAAUUAUGUGCCUAUCACCAGAUUUUUGAAAAUUUUGCCCAAGAUUUGAAAAUUUUUGCAGAAAGAAAGCACUUUCUGGCGAAUUUGAAGCAAUAGAUUUUAAAAAGUUUCCCCUUCGGAGGUGCAAUUUGCCGUUUCGUAAAUGGUUGUUGCCAUCCUUUACGGUCGCUGCCAUCACCAGCCUCCUUUUUAUGUUCAGAAUGAGGUCAGGUAUGAGAAUAAAAUAAAAAGAGCGGGAAUUGUUUUAUAUUCGGGAUGAGCCUACUGAAAAUAAGCGGCCAUGGCCAAAAAAAUUUGUUUUACAUCGGAACUAGAUCACCUUAUUGACACAGCUGUUCAUGACAUAAGCAACCAAUUUAACAGCAACAAUUUAAGCGUUGAGGCAAAGGGGCACUGGAAAGAUUGCCAGAAGCCUACUUCUACACAAUUGAACAGUUAUUCAGAAAUGAGGAGUGAAAAUUUAGCUUGUACGUGUCAUUUAGCUUGCAUGAGUUUACAGAGCAAAAUGUUGAGGAGUGGCUGCAAGACUUUCAGGAUUUGAACAGUGCAACUCUCAAGAUAGCUGCAAAGAAAAAGGCAACAAGAGGCUAUUUGGUGCAAAAUUAUUAUCAGUGUCAAAAUUAUACGAGAAAUUGGAGCCCAAGGAAAGACCCACAACGAAAGCUGGCAAACAAUCCAGCUGCUCGAGUAAAGAACACAAACUGCAUAUUUAAUCCUUCAGUGAAAGUAGAUUUGAGUAACGUUUGCACCAUCAGGUUGGAUUGGGAACAUAACAACACAAUCAACAAUCUGGAGGCAUACAACUUUAAAGAUUUGUCCAAAGAAUGCAUUGAUGACAUAAAGAAAAUGUAUGAGAUGGUCAAACAACUCCAACUGUCAGACAGAAAUAUUUGGUAGAUCUCAGGGUACACUACAAAAUGACAUUGAGUACCAUAUAAAGAAAGCUGAUAGGUCUAUAACUCCAAGUAGAAGGGACUUUCGCUAUAUUUAUGAACAAUUUGGCCUAGAAAAGUAUGGUGGAAAGAAUAUAGAAAUGUUUAAAAAGUUGGUUGACUGUUUAGAUGCUUACAAAGAAGCAAACCCAGAAGCAAACACAGCUUAUCAGCUCUAUGGUGGUGAUGGCUACCCACUUAUUGUGGCUAAAGCUACUCUGUUAAUGAAUAUGUACAGCAAAGUGGGGAGCGGAUUUUUGUUGAUGCUUCAUCAAAUACAGAAGACCAUAAUUUUAAGCUAUUCCUUUUUUGCACCCACAAUGUGGCAGAUACAUUGCCUUCGGAUGAAAAGGAAACUGUUAAUAACUUCGGAUGAAAAGGAAAGUACACUAAAGCAAGGCUUUGAAAUGGUCAAAAAAAGUCUUCCAACAGAUGCUUUUUUUUGGAAGGGGGCCAGAGCAAGGUCCCUUGAUAAUUUUGACAGAUAAUUGCAAUGCAGAGCGAAAUGCAUUAUCUUUUGUUUGGCCUCCAGCUAAACUUCUUCUCUGCAUUUUUCAUAUUCUCCAGCAAGUUUGGAGAUGGCUUCUAGAUAAAAACCAUCAAAUAAGCCAAGCAGACAGACCUGAGAUUCUCAGUCAAUUUAAACAGGCAUUAUAUUCUGACACUGAAGAUUCAUUUGAAUUUCAAUACAGCAAACUAUUACAUAAUGUUUCAGUGAAUGAUUAUGACAAAGCUAUAGAGUCUUUUCAGAGACUUCUUCCCUACCCGAGCUGUAGACAUUCUUCACACUUCGCCUCGCAAGACUAUCGAAGACUAUUUACCGCUCUUUUUAUUUCCUUCUCAUUCCCGACCUCAUUCCGAACAUAAAAAGGAGGCUGGUGAUGGCCGCGACCGUAAAGGAUGGCAACGACCGUUUACGAAACGGCAAAUUGCUUCGGGGGCAUCCAGUAGUGCCGCUUCAGGUAGUAGCUUCAUUCUACCAUUGUCCUAAGCUAAAGGUGUCAGGGAUGUUCACUGUAAGUACGAAGAAACAGAGACACGAAAAAAGUGCAUUUUGAAUAUUUUUCUAGCCAAGGCAAAAAGUUAUGGGCCUUUGUGCCCCGACCCUUGCACUUGCAUUAAAUGCUUCUAUUUGAGCAAAAUUAAUCAAAGAAAUUUUGUGGGAAAAUGUUUCUUUCUUGCUCCCUCUAGGAUUCAUUCGCCACGACGCCCCUGCGUCAUAUGCCCUUUGAUAAAGAAGCGAAAUAUUAGUUUUUGUUAAAACUUGACACAUUAAUUGUAAAACCAGAAUGGACUAACGUCAUUAGUGGUGAUCAUUUCAGCCACGUUACCAUACACAAACUCUGAGUCUUUUGUUACCAUACACAAACUCUGUUGGCAAGGUAUAUUUGGAGAAUCUUGUUCGCAUUAUCUUACCCUUAAGAAUAGAUACGCCUAGUAUUUAUAAACAAUAUCUUUUGUCGGAACCCAUUUAAAAAAACCUAGCCAACCCAAACGAGUUUUAGAACAAGUUAAAGUGAUUUACUUUCAAAUACAUUUUGGCCGACAGUUGAAGAUUCACUUCAUCUGACUCUGUAUUAGCUUAUGCACGCGCAGAUAUUCGCAUUCAAGCUUUCAAGUUGAUGACGAAACUAUUUAUUUAUAAACAACCGACAACAACGUUGCAAAACAGGAAAAAAUCUGGUACCGCACGAUGAAGCUUAGGCUACAGAAGGCUGCUUGGUCAGCUAAUGUGGUAACGAAGACACUCAGAGCGCGAGCUUUAGCAACAAGUGCAAAAGCAAACUGGGGCGAAAGAGGCUCGGCAUUCCCAAACGGAGUAUCUAGUUGGAAUGGCAAUGGCUUAUCAUGGGAUGUCCAGCGAUUUUUAGAAGAGGUCGGAACGGAUGGCAGGGAAGCUCGCUACUGGCUCAAGGUUUUCCAACACAGAGAUGCAAAUCCAGAGCAGCCGUUUGCAGUUUUCCAAGUUUCAAGCAGCAUUUUCAAAAGGCCGCACAUGCUGAACAGUUUAGCAUCAAGUUUGGCAUUCUUACAACGAAGUGGUCUGUCAUUUAUUCUGGUUCAUGGUGGAAAUGGCGGAUGUAUCGCCCGGUCGAAACUCUCUGAUCAAACCAUGCAGUUAUCAGAUGUGUUGGAGAGCCAAGGGGCCAAAACGCGCCCCUUCUUCAACUGUAGUGGAAUAAUUAAAGCAAACAGAGACGAGGUGGGAAGGUCGUACGAGUUAAACACAGAUCUACUUACCUGGAGUCUAAGUUCUGGUUACAUCCCAAUUGUAUCAUCGCUUGCUGAAACAGACGAUGGGAAAAUUGUUCACAUUUGUCCAUUCAGGACUGCUGAUGAGAUAGCCGUUCAUUAUAAACCACUAAAAGUUAUGUAUCUUAAUACAAAAGGAGGAUUAUUAAAUGAAAAGGGAAGAGUUAUUGAGGCAGUCAAAUUAUCAGCUGAAAACGACGAAGCAUCCUCCUUCCCUUGGCACGAUAACGAGACUCAUGAAAGAAUUAGAUCAAUCAAAGGCCUUUUGGAUAAGCUACCAUUUACGUCAUCUGUUGUGAUUGCGUCAGCGAACACGGUGAUCAAGGAGCUGUUCACUCAUAAAGGUUCUGGAACAAUCUUCAAGAAGAGAGAGGCUUUACACGUGCAUAAAAGCCUCGGUUCUAUAGAUACAACAAGACUCACCAAUCUAAUAGAGAAAACAUUUGGUAGAAAGCUGGCUAGUUCCUACUUUCCUGAAAUAAACCAGAAACUCAUAGCUGCGUACAUCACAGAAAGUUACUCCGCUGCAGCACUCAUCACGAACGAAAACGUCGAAGGCGUACCGUAUCUUGACAAAUUUGCUGUCAGUCUACAAAAUCAAGGCUUGGGUUCUGGCGAAACGAUCUGGGAGAGAAUCAGAGAUGAUUUUCCAAGACUUUUCUGGCGAUCUCGUGAUGACAAUCGAAUUAACCCUUGGUAUUUCACGAGGUCAGAAGGGAGCUGGACGAAUAGAGCUUACACUGUUUUCUGGUAUGGUGUAAAUCAACCAAAGAUCUCACAUGAAAUUAUCAACUUUGCUAUCAGCAAGCCGUCUUCAUUUGAAGAUAAAGGUUUUGAUGACACAGGAAAUGACGAGACUUACCUCCGAAAACGAUCUUGAUUCAACCUAUACAUCGAGUAAAUCUCUACUUAUACGUAAUGUAGAAUUUCUAAUUCGGGGUUAAAUAUUUUAGGAAACAAAAACAAUGUCUCAAAGAUUAAAUAGCAAGGAACAUAAAGCAAAAGAAAGACUUUUUCAAAUACUAAUUGGUCAAUGUUGGAGGCCAGAUGCCACACCCCUGUCAACCCGUAAAAGACAUAUUAAAAGAUUUUCAGAGAAAAUAAAUGGUCUGAACAUCGUUACAAAUCAAGUUUAAAAAAACCAGUCUAAUUUAAGUGUGUGCGGGACAAUUUUUUGUAGUGGUUUCCUUGGCCUAAGCGAAAGUAAAUUUGAAGAGCCAAAUAUGGAAAUGGUCUAGCAUUAUACAUAAUUUAUGUCAAGCCAUGGCACAGCCACAUUUUUCCAAGAAACCAAACUUAUUAUGGUUUUGGGUUAACCUCUGAAAUGCUGCUUCGUCAUUGAUCCUGGUUAUUGAUAAUUUCAUUAUUGCCAUCGGCUUAAUUUGAUCAUUUCAUUCCUUUUCUGGGUGAUCGGUUUUGACAAGAAAGACAGUAGAUCGAUUGCAGCAGAUUCUGCACAAAAUUCAAUCUCCUUCUCGGUACAUCUCUUUAAGUCUUCAUUUAAUGCAUCUCUUUGCUUCUCAUGCAAUCAUUUAUUAUAUGCUUGCGUAACCAAAUGAUUGCCAGAAAAUGCUUAGUUUUUAACAGGAACUAUUUCAAAUAAAACUAUCCUGUCCUAAGCAUUCUGACUUUGCAUGCAAUUUUCUAGCGGCUUCGAUCCGCCGUCCAAAUCUCAGGCGACUUUGAACUUCUAGGUUUGAGCCUCAAUGACACUGAAAAAUAACCCGGCUAAUUAAUAUUUAUUGACCAUGCAAACUCGAGUUCGACCCGCGACCUGAUUUAUGUUAUGUUGUGAAAUGCAUUAUAAAAUGCGUUGAACCCGAUAGUUGAUGGUUUUUAAUACAUUUUUGGUUGUCUAAAUUAUUUAUAUUUUCUGUGUUAUGCAUUUUAUACGUUCAGUGGCUUUGUAAUUUAACACAUUUUCGUGGCUGUUAGCAUUUGCAAAUAUAUUUUAACUUUUGAAAAGUUCAGUUAUUGCGGAAAGAGAAUUAAUGCCUGCGUUCAUUUUAACUUAAGUUGUAGAAAGAUAUGUGCCUAAUUAAAUAAAAAAGACCAAAGUUUGAUUCUAUUUCUGAGUAACCUGCUAAUAAAGAUGAACGCCUGAUAAUUCUUUCUGCUUUAGGGAGUAAGAAGCAGAUAAUAACGGAGAUAAAAUUUUGAAGCAGGCUGCAGCCCGCCUUUAGUAUUGUUAUACUAUAUGGUAAUGUGCAAAAUAUACAGCAACAGAACAUUGAUUCUCAGAAACAAAUUUGUUUUAGCAAGAAUUGUGUUGAUCCGAAACAGAAAUAACUGGUCCUUCCUUUGGUAAGGCCUUUAUCUUUAAUUAGGUUUAAUAAGGUUAAUAUGGUAAGGUUUUCGAGUGAAAAACCCUUUAGAGUGACAAAACAGGUAAACCCAAAUGAUCCAGGAUGCAUUUUUUAACGUCCAGGAUGCAGCAAAUUAUUCAAUUCUUGGGUUUUCAUGACAGAUCUGUGC